CGAUCGAUGUCUAUAAAUAACUGAACAGUCUGUCUUUGUUGGCCACUCGAAGCUUCCGUACACGACAAACCGGAAGUAACUGAAAGUAAAUAAGCAAGAUGGUGGACGAAGCCACGAAGCGAAGUUUAGCUCAGAUUCCGUUAUUAAAAACUAAAGCUGGACCACGAGAUGGAGAACUUUGGGUGACACGAUUAAAGGAAGAAUAUCAAUCACUAAUUAAGUAUGUUCAGAAUAAUAAAGAAAGUGAUAAUGACUGGUUUCGUUUAGAAUCUAAUAAAGAAGGUACAAGAUGGUUUGGUAAAUGUUGGUAUAUUCACGAACUCCUUAAAUAUGAGUUUGACGUCGAAUUUGAUAUACCAAUAACCUAUCCAACAACAGCACCAGAAAUAGCUCUACCUGAAUUAGAUGGUAAAACAGCCAAAAUGUAUAGAGGAGGUAAAAUAUGUUUAACAGACCAUUUUAAACCGUUAUGGGCCAGAAAUGUACCUAAAUUUGGAAUUGCACAUGCCAUGUCUCUAGGGUUAGGACCAUGGUUAGCUGUAGAGAUUCCAGAUUUAAUACAGAAAGAGAUAAUAUCACAUAAAGGACGGGCUGAUGAGAAAUAGAUGAUUUUUUAAUUUAUUUAUACAAACUGGAACUCAGAGGAUUACACCGGGACUAUGAUGUGGGUCAUUUUGACAAGGCAGUGUCAAGAACUUAAAGGAACAUUAAAUGUCUAACUGAGAAAUCUACCUGUCAUUUUCUAGACAAAGAAAUUAAAUUAAUUACUGAGCUGUCACAGAUUUUAUAUUAAAUUAAUUACUGAGCUGUCACAGAUUUUAUGUAUUAAAUUUAAAUAUCUAUUUACCUUUUAGCUCAUAUUGUCAUGCUGUUAAGAGUUCAUCUAUGAAUUUGUUUAACUGAUUACGUGUAAUGUUGGUCAAAACACUACUGUUGGUAUGGAAACUUGUGGUUCAUCAGAAUAUUGUGUGUGACUACUGUUGGUAUGAAAACGUGUGGUCCAUCAGAAUAUUAUGUCUGACUAAUAAAAACGUUUCUAAGAUUGUUUCAUACAGAACCAACUAGAGCUGCAACGAUUCAGUUCGGUGCACCGAUAACCGACACUAGCUGUCUCGGUUCGAUCCACGAUCUACAACGUUCAAAUUUCGAUUCGGUUCAAUUUCAAAUAAAAACAAUGUACACCUUACCAUAUGAAAAAAAAUGAAAGACCUGUAGCAAUUAAGUCCACUUAAAAUUUAAAAAAACUUUGUUUUUACGUAACUUUUAAUUUACGUUAUUUAACAAAACACGAAUGUCACUCGAAAACAUAACUAAAACAGAGUGACCUCCCUUUAAAACAAUUUCCGUAUGCUGGCGAAAGUUAAUUUAUUUAAAAUUGGUGACGUACCGAAUGUUCAUUGGAUGUUAAUUUAGGUCAAUAGCUUCGGUAAUCGUUAUAUAAAUUCUAAACGAUCUCAUUAGCUGAUAAUUCCGGUCAUUAUCUUCGGAUAUUUUUGUGUUUAGCGAUUAUUACCCAUAGUCAAGCAAACACUGGAAGGUAAAAUUAUGGCAGACAACGUACUUUCUCGACCACCUGGUCAUUUGAAAUCUAAAGUUUGGGAUCAUUUUGGUGUAAAAAAAACCUCUAAAGAUGUGGCAACUUGUAGAGUAUGCUUCACUGACAUAUAUAUAGAAAAAAUUACUGGUUAUUGUAGCUGAUAAUCGAAUCGAAAAUAAUCGAAUCGAAUGGUUAAAAUCGAUAAUCGAACCGAAUCGAGGUAGUUGUGAAUCGUUGCAGCUCUAGAACCAACUAGUUUUACUCUGUAAAAUGUUUCUUGUAUGGCUCCAUUAAAUUGUUUAAGAUUGGGACCAUACAAUCUUAUUCAGUAAUUUUCUGUUAAAAGUUAUUUGAUAUUUUAUAAAGCAAGAAAUGAAUUAAGGAAACAGACUUAAGAAAAUUUAAACUAUAAAAUAUUUUAAGAAGAGUGUUGGUUCAUUUGCUUAAUUCUUACCCACUUUAUCAACGAGUGUUGAUAUUUUUUGAUAUCAAAAAAGACGAAUAGGAGAUUUUAUUUAUCACCCAAUCCCUUCUUACAUGCACAAAUAGAUAAAUAUAAUUCUUUGCUGUAGAUUUCACUUUUACUGAACAUUAUGGCGUAGUGAUACAUCAUUUUUUGACAGCAAUUCAACUAUUGCAAAGUCCUUUAUAUUGGCCCAGUGUUUCCAUCAAGGUCAAUUGAAUAACAAUAGUUCAUUUUUUUUAAAAAAAAAGUUACUUUUAAUGAGAAAUGAACUGUUCUUUGAAAAUAAAAAAAAGUAGUUCCUUUUCAACUGACCAAUCAAAUUCAUGUAAAGCGAUAUCUCAAGGAGAUAUCGCAGUAGAUUAUGAAAUAUAUCACACAAGCGAUAUCUACUGUAGAUUAUGAAAUAUAUCACACAAGCGAUAUCUACUGUAGAAUGUAUUAUUGGGUGAUAAUAUAAAAUAGUAGGACAUUUUAAACUCAAUCUGAAUAAAAUACAGAUCUAUAUUUCAUUUUGUUUUUUUAUACUCUCGAUGGUCUACACUACAUGAAGAUCUGAUCGGUUGUAGUGAAAGGUCGUGUCAGGGGUCAUAGGAGCAGCUUUUGACCCUAUGACAUCAGACAUUUGAUUAACCAAUCAGCGUUGAUGUUUCUAGUGGGAUAUCCACAACUCCAUGCAUCGCAUGCCAAGAACUCGCUGUAACAUACCCUUUCAUUGACUAAUCCCUCAAAUCAACCAGAACUCAACUCAUCCAGAUCCUAGUAUAGUAAAAAUAAAAGGAUAAGUAAACCGAAAUUUUGAUCUAUAAAAAACGAAAGUAAAUAGGAUCUGUGUUUUAAUCAGAUUGUUACAAACCCAAUUAAUGUGGAAGAGAUAAAAUAACUCGGAUGCCAUUCAGAAAUCUAACACCAACAUGAAGCUUUUAUCUGUGCUAUUCAGACUUAUGUUUGAUCAUAUUUGCGAUGUUAAGAAAGGGAAUUUUUCGGACAGCAAUGUUACCGCCCUACUCUUUUUUUAAGGUAUCAAACUGUUAUUUUGCAUGCGCUGUAUCUACACAGGUAGUAUCUACACAGGUAGUAUCUACACAGGUAGUAUCUACAAUCUGUUAAGAUCCUAAGCGGUUUUAUUAUAUAAAUUCU